AGGUUGCUGUAAUAAAGUGGCUCUACUGAUGAGUGCGGAGUGUGCUCGGAGUGUGCUCGGAGCUUGCGUUGCUUUCUGAUUUCUUACUGCGCUGUUUUGGAAGUUUGUGCUUCGCAUGCCGACCUUUGCAUCAGGCCAGAGCAAGCUUGCGUGCAUUUCUGAGGUGACUAUGGAGAUGAACAGCCUGAACAAUGAGAAGCUCAGAUCCUCCACUCUGGAGUAUCAUGACCUGGAGGCAGCGGAAGUGCUGGUGUACAUGAGCUCCUGGGUGCAAAGGUCACGCAAGGCUCGUCCGCUUACGCCCACCUCCGACUCCUGCGACUCGGUCAGCCUGCAUCCGGAAACUCUGGAGUCUCCCAAAGACCUAGUCUCCCUCUCUUCACUAUGUAUGACCCCGCCGCACAGCCCCAGCUUUGCUGAGACCUCUACAACACCCACCGUCGUGAGCACAACAUCUCCUGUGGCAAACACAAGCCUCAAACCCAUGUGCCCCAUAUUGACCAGAGGGGCAGAAACCUCCUGCAGCCUGCAGGCUGACACCAACACGUUCCCAAUAACCUCUGUUCCACCACUUCCCUCUGAGCUUCCUGCACAAAGUAGGGCCACCAGUGUUAUAAGACAUACAGCAGACACAUCUGUAGAUCACCACAUUCCAUCCCUUGGCACAGCACAUGUGAGACCAGGAAUGUCUGAGAGUCCUGUCCAUCAGUCUGAAAUUAUAUUAGACUCUGAAACCCAGAUCACCAUGCUAACUGAAACACAGAACUGUAGUAGUCCACCUACUGCAGAAAUAGAGAGCACUGUUCACCCUCUCACCACUACAGCUCCUACCCAAGCCUCUGUCUCUUUGCCUCAGUCUCCUGUAGCCAGCCCUCCUGUUCUGUGCCAGGUAUUUCCAGUAAACGGGCAGACCGGAAUAAUCUCUGCUAUUGUUCAGACCCACGUUCAAAUGCAGAUGGCUGGGCCAAAGCCCAUUCUUCCUCAGUCCACUACUUUCUCACGGCCACUUCUUAUGAGCCCUUCUGUGGCCCAAGGUACGGUGAUGCUUGUAGUUCCUCAGUCUUCGGUGUCUUCAGCCCCACCGUGUCAACAAAAUGUUGUCACAGUUGGCAACACUAAGCUCCUCCCAUUGGCUCCUGCACCAGUCUACAUGCCCUCAGGCCACAGUGGGGCCACUACACAUGCUGACUUCUCACGCAGGCGCAACUACGUCUGCAGCUUCCCAGGAUGCAAAAAAACCUACUUUAAGAGUUCUCACCUCAAAGCGCAUCUAAGAACACAUACAGGUGAAAAACCAUUCAGUUGUCACUGGGAAGGUUGCGAGAAAAGAUUUGCACGCUCUGAUGAACUCUCCAGACAUCGCCGCACUCACACAGGCGAGAAGAAGUUUGUGUGUCCUGUGUGUGACCGGCGUUUCAUGCGAAGCGACCACUUGACCAAGCAUGCACGCCGUCACAUGACUGCCAAGCGGUCUGCAGCAUGGGCCACUGACGUUUCUGACCUCAACAAAAUGGCUUCCUCACAGGGUCCAUCAACACAGUCUCCCUCAGUCUCCCUCAGUGUACUCGUACCUGCCUCAAACUAGGCCGAACCUCUGGCCAACCAUUCACUCACCUCAGGACAAUUUUCCACUUUCCAGGGACAAAAAUUAAAACCAAGGCUGCUACAUAUUCAUGAACAAAACAAACCAAACUUGCACUGGAUUUUCUUCCUACCAUGGUCAUUUAAAAAAAAAAAAAACUUAUUGUUUACUUUUUGUAUAAGUUAUGUCACAUGUAUGCACUCCAUUUGCCAAAGUCUUUGUCUUGUACAUGUUUCUUUAUUAUAUGAUGUUGUAUAUUUGUACAUAAAUGUAACUAUCUAUAUUAAUGUAAUAUGUAUUUAAACAUGCAUUUAUUGACAGUGUAGGAAUAAAUGUUAAGUUUCUGUAAAGUGAACAGUAUUCUUACCUGUGAUACUACCUAUCUUGCUUUAUGUAAUAUUUAAUAUGAACAUAUAAAUAAACCAUCAUGUUUAUCUAAUACUCUGUUUUAUAUCUUUAGUAACUGCUUUAUUUUGGUCGGGGUCACAGUACGUUUAGAAUCAGAAAAAAAAAAAUUUGCAUUCUUAAUAAAAAUAACUGGAGAUGGAGAAUCAACAUGAUUAGAUGGGUAGUAAAACUUUCAGGAAUAAAACACUCCUCAAACAGAUGAUGUGCAGUUUCUACUAAGUAUGUACAUGUAUAGUAGGGAGCCAGUGUCAGUUAUGGGAUUUCAGUCAUUUAUUAUCUGUGAAAAAAUGAU